UGGCAAGCGUACAUUUGGCAUUUGAGCAAUGUGGCCAGCCCAGUGUAGCUGUGCUCUCUGCAGCAGAGUUGGAAUGCCUGGGAGUUUAGUAAGAGAAAGGGCCUCAAGUGUCUGGUCUCUUAUUCUGCCAGGUGAUCUUCAGAAUCCUCCUAAGACAAUUCAAAUGGAUGCAGUUCAGUUUCCUGGCUUGGUGCUAGAAUACUGUCCAGGUUUCACAGAUCCUCCCAAACACUGAGCCAGCUCUGGCAAUUCUCAUUAUCCACAUGGACAUCCCUGGAAAGCAUACUGCCAAGAGAACUGUACCUGAAUUUGGAGCUGGAAGGAAGAAUACUAUGUUGAAUGAGGAUGGAAACAAAUACUGGGACACCAGAGAAAAAGACAAUGAAAACUUCAUGAAUUCCACUGUUAAUGAGAAUUCCCAUCAGAUGCAUGAAGCCAGUGUUAAGCCAAAGAAGCAUGAAAACACGGUCAGCACUAGAGAAAAUAGCUCUACUGAAGAGAGACUUGAAAACACCCCUGUUCAGCUGUAUGAAAACCAUAGGACCCAGAAUCCUCGGUAUAGUGUGAACACACUGCAAAAUGAUCUAAUCUUCAGUGCCCAGAUUCUGGCUGAUGAUGAAUUUAUCCAGGUGAAUAAAAUGCUGGAAGCAAAGAGAAAAGAGUGGAAAAAACGGAUAGAAAACGUGACAAAAGGAAAGAUUGACUUGUUACAAGGACAAAAAUACAGAAAUCAACUCAUGGACAAGCUUUUGAAGGAAAGCAAAGUCAAAAAGAAACAGGCUCUGGAAGAGUGGGCAGCAGAUGUAAAAAUAAACAAAAUCAAACAGGAAGAGAUAGACCAUUUGAGCCAAGAACUUAGAGAACUCCAGGCCAGGAAACAGAUGCUGAAGAAAAAGAUGGAGAAGUACAGGCCAUUUGAAGACUUCCUGGCUAAAGUCCUUGAUAAAUUGCCUAAUUGCUAUAGAAGCUGGGAUUUGAACUCUUCUAUAAAGAAAAUCAUAGACCACUAUGAGAUCCUCUCCAAAACCAACAAGAACUUAACAAAUCAAGUGUCUAAGCUCUCAGAUGCUUACAAGAAAGUCCAGAAAAAUCUUGAAGUUUUGCAACUGCAACAUACCAACAACACACUUGCUCUGAAUACUGAGCUCUCAACAUUGCAAAAGAAAUUUGAUGAAAUUAAGGGAAAAAACAGUAAGAUGAAAAUGGCUGAACAGUUGAAGAAAAGUAUCUUAAAAGAUGAAGACCAGGAUAUAGGGAGCACACUGAUAAUCAUCACCAACCUGGCACAGAAGUGCCAAAUCCAACACUAUGGCCCUCUGACACAUUUGGACUUGGGUUGCAAAUUGGAAAUGAUUCAGGAAUUUAUGUUGGAUAAAAUGGAGACCAAAAAGUUAGUUGAAUCUCAAGAAUUCUGGGACAAGGAACUCAUAGAAAGUUAUCCGCAGAAGAUUCAAGAACCAGACAAAAAGAAGUUAACAGACAGAAUUUCAUCUCCAGGAGUCCCAAUAAGCAAAAUAACUGUUCCCCAGGCAGAAAUGACUGUUAAAUUGCCUACACUGCAAGCUCACUGCCUCAAGCCUCUGAACCUUCCCAAGAGCCAGGAAGUCCAGGCCUGUCUUCCCUUUCCAUGCGCACAUAAGCAAAGAUAUACAAUGUCUCCAUACAUUCCUAACUCUUCAACAGGUGGGGAUACCAAAGCCAGAUUCUCAAAAGCAAAAAACUGAGUGCUUUCCUGGAUGAUAAUAAAAUGGGGGAUCAGUCUUGAGUGAAAA